CAGAAGAAUCGAAAGGUUGACUGCAAUGAAAGAAUCUUUGCGGCAGUUCCAUGGCGCCAACGUUCGCAUUAGUUCUCUGCCUCGAUCUCUUACAUCACAAAGAACGCGCCUUUUUCUGACACACACACAAAACCAUAAAACAAACAUCCCCUCUCCUAAAAAAAAAAAGUUCAUUCCUUUCGAUCUACAAGAGAGCUUUCUUUUAUAGACAAUUUCUAGACCAUAAAUAUAAUUUCUUCUCUUUUUUUCCUUUUCCUCCUUCCCCAUCAUUUUAAUCCCAUCUCCUUCCAAUUUCCAACCAUUUUCAGGCUGUAAAUUUGGAAGGAGAAAACCAAAUAUUGUUAGGCCUUAAUUACUCUGUUCUUUUUUUUCCGUUCUUCCUGGGAUUUUCUUCCAUCCCCCCUGCUCUAGGAGACAAUUCUUGAACUGGGUUUUGUUCCUUGUUCUUGAUGAUAAUCAGUCUGGGGAAGAAAUUGGAUAAUGGGGAUGACACAAUGAGCUGAAAUUCUCAAAUGGGUGUGCUGUGAUUUCUGCAAAAUUUCUCGUUUGGAGGAGGGCAAAAGCUAAGAGUUUUUUGGGCGUGGAGAGAUUUCCCCGAUUCUUUCCUUGCGGAUUAUUGGAGAAGUUUUGAUUCUUAGGUCCAGCAAGAAGAAAGGGGGAAUUUCUGUUGCUUUUGUGUUACAAUGAAGUUUCUGAGCCUGGUGGGGAAUUCAUUUGGCUGUUCGGCAUCUGGGGAAAGAUUAGUUUCAGCUGCUAGAGAUGGUGAUCUUCAGGAAGCUAAAGCCUUGCUUGAUUGGAAUCCAAGGCUAGCCAGAUACUCUACUUUUGGAGUCAGGAAUUCUCCUCUUCAUUACUCUGCAGCACAAGGCCACCAUGAGAUAGUUUCACUAUUGCUCGAGUCUGGUGUGGAUAUCAACCUGAGAAACUACCGUGGCCAGACUGCAUUGAUGCAAGCUUGUCAGCAUGGCCAUUGGGAAGUUGUGCUGACUCUGAUCCUCUUUCGAGCUAAUAUUCACAGAGCUGAUUAUCUGAAUGGUGGUACGGCUCUACAUUUGGCUAGCUUGAAUGGUCACACGAGAUGCAUACGCCUGCUUCUCUCCGAUUACAUACCCAGCAUUCCCUAUUGCUGGGAGCUGUUGAGGAGCAGCAACGAAUCGUCGCAGAAGGAGUUGAUCUCUGAAUUCGAUGAAGGUGCUCUCCAUGAGGUAAUCAACAAACCUGCUGAUGGGGGAAUUACAGCUCUGCACAUGGCUGCACUGAAUGGACACGUAGAAACUGUUCAAUUGCUUCUGGAUUUGGGAGCUUCGGUCUCUGAAGUCACUGUGGAAGAUGGGACGACCAUUGAUCUGAUAGGAGCUGGAAGCACACCUCUGCAUUAUGCUGCUUGUGGUGGAAACUUACAAUGCUGCCAAAUGUUGAUUACGAAGGGUGCAUGUCUUGAUGCUGAAAAUGCAAAUGGAUGGACUGCUUUGAUGGUUGCUCGAUCAUGGCAUAGAAAUGAGCUAGAGGAAAUUCUCAGCAGCCAACCUGCAGAGCAACAACAUCAACAGCAGAUGUGUCCUUCGUCAUAUCUCUCGCUUCCUCUGAUGAGCAUCGUUAAAAUUGCUCGGGAAUGUGGAUGGAGGAACAACGAUCUCAUUCCUUCGUGCCAGGAUCCAUGUGUUGUAUGCCUUGAAGCAAGGUGCACUGUCGCUGCGGAAGGCUGCAACCACGAGUUCUGCACUCGAUGUGCAUUAUACCUAUGCUCAACAAUCUGCACCUCUAUGGCUUCCCAAGGUCCCCCGGGCUCAAUUCCAUGCCCAUUAUGCCGCCAUGGGAUAGUCUCCUUCGCCAAACUCCCCGGAACAAGGGCAGCCCGAAAGUCCAUAGGACACAGAACAACCUUAUCACUCCCAUUCUGUGCUUGUUCAUCGGAGGAGCUAGAACCUAGCUUGCUGAACGCACCAGCAUACAAGCCGGACUUCCACUGCACGAAGUCGUCCUCAUUUAGGUCAUUAAGCUACCAAAAGUUCCCCUCAAUGAAGUUCAAUACCAGCCGAUGCAUUGGAGCACAGGACACUGAUUCGUCGCUGGUACCUUCCUCUGUUGAUCCAAGCAUCAGGGAACAGCUAGUGAGGUGCUCAAGGUCGAGGAUCAGGGGAUCGGGUUCUAACCACGAACGAAGGAGGUCCUGGAUGUCGACGCUGAAUCAGUAUGUCACCAUAGGAAGUGGUUGCUGACCCAACAGAUCUUUCAUGAAUUAAUUUCUUGUGCCAAUUUUUGUCUAUGGUGCUGAAUUAAUGUUUUUUUUUUCCUUGUUAGAAUGUGAUACACUUUGAGGGGUCAUUGUAAAUAUCAGAAAGAGAGAGAGAAGUGAAAGAAAGAAGCUACAGACAAUGGAAUAUUUGUGGUACUUCUAGCUUGAUUCCUCUUUGUACAUAAGAAAGAAACACAACACAUCCAUACUACUCAUAUUACAUGUACUUAUUGAAGGUCUGAAGUUUAAGACUUUAAUCUGCUACUUGUGUGGCUAAUUUAUUGAUCUGCGAGGCUGAUUUCUCCCCAUUUCUCCAGUUCUGCUACAUGGAAUUCCCAGAAAGUUACGAGGGUUAGUACAAUACCAAUAGAACAGAAGUACUAGGAAAGAAACAAUAUAUACGAUUCCCGUAAUUGCACUAGGCAAACAAUACCA